CCCGCAGCCGCCGCCGCCGCCGCUGCCGCCGCCGCCCUCGGGCUGCGCGACCGCCGCCGCCGCUGCCGCCGCCGCCGCCGCCGCCCAGCCUCGGCCAUGGACCUGUUCGGGGACCUGCCGGAGCCCGAGCGCUCGCCGCGCCCGGCUGCCGGCAAAGAAGCUCAGAAGGGACCUCUGCUCUUCGACGACCUCCCUCCGGCCAGCAGUACUGACUCAGGGCCGGGGGGACCUUUGCUUUUCGAUGACCUCCCACCAGCCAGCAGUGGGGAUUCAGGUUCUCCUGACACUUCGAUGUCCCAGAUGGUAAAGAGCGAAGGGAAAGGAGCAAAGAGAAGAGCCCCCGAAGAAGAGAAGAACGGCAGUGAAGAGCUUGUGGAAAAGAAAGUUUGUAAAGCCUCCUCGGCGAUCUUUGGUCUGAAGGGCUACGUGGCCGAGCGGAAGGGCGAGCGGGAAGAGAUGCAGGACGCCCACGUCAUCCUGAACGACAUCACUGAGGAGUGCAGGCCCCCGUCAUCCCUCAUUACUCGGGUUUCAUAUUUUGCUGUUUUUGAUGGACACGGAGGAAUUCGAGCCUCAAAAUUUGCUGCACAGAAUUUGCAUCAGAACUUAAUCAGGAAAUUUCCUAAAGGAGAUGUGAUCAGUGUCGAGAAAACCGUGAAGAGAUGCCUUUUGGACACUUUUAAGCAUACUGACGAAGAGUUCCUUAAACAAGCCUCAAGCCAGAAGCCCGCCUGGAAAGACGGCUCCACUGCCACGUGUGUCCUGGCUGUGGACAACAUCCUGUACAUCGCCAACCUCGGAGACAGUCGGGCAAUCCUGUGUCGGUUUAACGAGGAGAGCCAGAAGCACGCGGCCUUGAGCCUCAGCAAGGAGCACAACCCCACCCAGUACGAGGAGCGGAUGAGAAUCCAGAAGGCCGGCGGGAACGUCAGGGAUGGACGUGUGUUGGGUGUGCUGGAGGUGUCGCGCUCCAUCGGGGACGGGCAGUACAAGCGCUGUGGGGUCACCUCUGUGCCCGACAUCAGACGCUGCCAGCUGACCCCCAAUGACAGGUUCAUUUUGCUGGCCUGUGACGGCCUCUUCAAGGUCUUUACCCCAGAAGAAGCCGUCAACUUCAUCUUGUCCUGCCUGGAGGACGAGAAGAUCCAGAGCCGGGAAGGGAGGCCCACGGCGGACGCGCGCUACGAGGCAGCCUGCAACAGGCUGGCCAGCAAGGCGGUGCAGCGCGGCUCGGCGGACAACGUCACGGUGAUGCUGGUGCGGAUAGGGCAGUGAGGGCGCGCGGGGGCGCGGGGCUGGCCUCGGAGGCCCGCUGCGCGUGCGCGCGCCACGGGUGUGUCGUGUACUCCUGUGGGACCCCCGUGGUUGUAAAUAAAGGUUUCGGUUUUUUUUCUA